AUGCUCCCAGAGGCCAAUUCUACCAAAAAAGGGAAAAAGCCGGAAGUGCUGCCCCAGGCAGAACAAGUAACCUCCCAGCUGCAAAAGCUGAUGAAAGCAGAAUCUUCAAGGAAACCUUCUAUCCAUCCUGCCUCCACCUCAGGAAAUCAACUUGAAACUCCACAACCACAAGGAAAAUCCGAUCUGAUUCCAGUAGAAGGACAAGAAGACUGGACUAAGGAAUAUGAAGAGGAGCAGUUAGAUUAUGAGCCAUCUGCAGAUGACCAGAAUGCACUCCUCGGAGCAGGAGAACAGGGAGACUGA